UGCCGAGCGACGGGGUGCAUUAAAUAGGCCAGUAGCAGGAAGCAUGGCGGACGAGAAGGACCGCAUCGCGCUCACGUCGGCGGGCACGCACUUUGACGCGGACCUCUACGGAGGCAUGGGCACGGACAAGUUCGCGGGCUACUCGCGGACGCUGGACGACGAAGAAGAGGAGAAGGCCGACCCGCGGGCGCAGGCCAAGCGUGGCCACGGGUCGGCGGACGGCCUCGUCGACGAGGACUACAAUCCGUUCGAGGACAAGGAGCGUCGCGAAGCCAAUGGCUCGGGCAUGGUCAACACCAAGAUCGUGGACCGUGAGAACGCGUAUACGAAGCGGCGCUUCGAUCGCAUGCUGUCGCCGGAACGCGCGGACGCGUUUGGAGGUGGCAAGGACGGCGCCGCCAAGAGCUACCGUGAAAUCAUGCAUAGCCAGCAGCUUGACGCCGAGCGCGAAGAGGUCAUGCGCAAGAUCCGUAAGAAGCGCCAGGAGGAAGAAGAGGUUGCGGUCGAAGAGGCGGCGAAGAAGAAGCGCCGCCGAUGGGACGACGCGGGCUCGUCCUCGAACGCAGAAGGUGCGACCACUGAUGAGUCUGCAUCCGAGUGGGACCGCUCCGACAACGAAGGCCUUGACAAGAGUGCUGUCGCGGCCACGCCUGUGGCCUCGCGCUGGGACGCCACCCCGGCGGCGACACCAAAGAAGAACCGAUGGGACGAAACUCCCGCGCCGGCUGGUUCAACGACCAGCGCUGCGGCAGCUGCACCGUCCUCAUCAACCAAGUGGGACGAAACACCGCAGCAGGCGCGGACGAGCGAUUACGGCGGCGUGACCCCGACGCCUGGCCGGAAGCGGUCGCGCUGGGACGAGACGCCCAUGCCCGAGCAACCAGGCGCGCAAACACCCGGUAUCAUGAUGACGCCGGGCGGCACGCACUUUUUGUCGUCGCAGAUCACGCCCGAGGUUGCUCAGCGUCUGCGCUGGGAGCGCGAGAUCGACGAGCGCAACCGGCCGCUGACUGAUGAGGAGCUCGACGCGAUGUUCCCGACAUCCGGUUACAAGAUCUUGGACCCGCCGGCCAACUACAUGCCGAUCCGGACACCGUCGCGCAAGCUUAUGGCGACGCCGACACCGAUGGGCCAGACGCCGGGGUUCUCGAUCGCAGCGUCCACGCCCGGCGGUGUCUCGGACUAUGGCCUCGCGGUGCCGCAAACGCCAUCGGGUGGCGACAUGCCGUUCAUCAAGCCCGAGGACUACCAGUACUUUGGGAAGCUCAUGGAAGAGGUUGACGACGAGGCGCUCGACGCCGAGACGGUCAAGGAGCGCAAGAUCAUGCGGCUUCUGCUCAAGAUCAAGAACGGGACGCCGCCCCAGCGCAAGACGGCGCUACGACAGCUCACGGACAAGGCGCGCGAGCUCGGCGCGGGGCCGCUCUUCAACCAGAUUUUGCCGCUGCUUAUGGCACCGACGCUGGAGGACCAGGAGCGCCACUUGCUCGUCAAGGUCAUUGACCGCAUUCUGUACAAGCUCGACGACCUUGUCCGGCCGUUCGUGCACAAGAUCCUCGUCGUCAUCGAACCGCUGCUCAUUGACGAAGACUAUUACGCCCGCGUUGAGGGCCGCGAGAUCAUCUCGAACCUCUCCAAGGCCGCAGGUCUCGCGACGAUGAUCUCGACGAUGCGCCCCGACAUCGACAAUGCCGACGAGUACGUGCGCAACACGACAGCGCGGGCGUUUGCGGUCGUGGCGUCGGCGCUUGGGAUUCCGGCGCUGCUGCCCUUCCUCAAGGCCGUGUGCAACUCGCGCAAGUCGUGGGAGGCGCGCCACACGGGCAUCAAGAUUGUGCAGCAGAUUGCAAUCCUUAUGGGCUGUGCGGUGCUUCCGCAUUUGAAGCACCUCGUCGAGUGUGUUGGCCACGGCCUCGUCGACGACCAGCAAAAGGUGCGUACGAUCACGGCGCUGUCGCUGGCUGCACUUGCCGAGGCCGCGCACCCGUACGGUAUCGAGUCGUUCGACUCGGUCAUUCGGCCCCUCUGGAAGGGCAUCCGUCAGCAUCGGGGCAAGGGCCUUGCGGCCUUUCUCAAGGCGAUCGGGUACAUCAUUCCGCUCAUGGACGCUAACUGCGCCAACUACUACACGCGCGAGAGCAUGGUGAUCCUCAUUCGUGAGUUCCAGUCGCCGGACGAGGAGAUGAAGAAGAUUGUGCUCAAGGUCGUCCAGCAGUGCGUCGCCACCGAGGGCGUAGCGCCGUCAUACGUCAAGAGCCACGUGCUGCCCGACUUUUUCCGGCACUUUUGGGUCCGCCGCAUGGCGCUCGACAAGCGCAACUACAAGCAGCUCGUCGAGACGACUGUCGCGCUCGCCAACGCCGUGGGGGCCUCUGAAAUUGUCGGGCGUGUCGUCGACGACCUCAAGGACGAAAGCGAGCCGUACCGGCGCAUGGUCAUGGAGGCAAUCGACAACAUCGUGCAGAACCUUGGUGUGACCGACAUCGACACGGACCUUGAGGAGAAGCUCAUCGACGGGCUCCUCUUUGCUUUCCAAGAGCAGACGGCGGACGACACGUCCACUAUGCUCAACGGCUUUGGCGUCGUCGUCAACGCGCUCGGAUUGCGCGCCAAGAACUACCUGCCGCAGAUCUGCGGUACGAUCAAGUGGCGCCUCAACAACAAGCCCGCGAAGGUGCGCAUGCAGGCCGCAGAUCUCAUCAACCGCAUCGCGGUCGUCAUGAAGACGUGCGACCAGGAGCAGCUCAUGGGCCACAUGGGCGUCGUCUUGUACGAGUACCUCGGCGAAGAGUACCCAGAGGUCCUAGGGUCGAUCCUUGGCGCGCUCAAGGCCAUCGUCAACGUCAUUGGUAUGGCCAAGAUGACGCCGCCGAUCAAGGACCUCUUGCCGCGACUGACGCCGAUCCUCAAGAACCGUCACGAAAAGGUGCAGGAAAACUGCAUCGACCUCGUCGGGCGUAUCGCAGAUCGCGGCGCGGAGCUCGUCUCGGCGCGCGAGUGGAUGCGCAUCUGCUUUGAACUUCUCGAGAUGCUCAAGGCGCACAAGAAGGGCAUUCGCCGCGCCGCCGUCAACACAUUUGGGUACAUUGCCAAGGCGAUUGGCCCCCAAGACGUGCUCCACACGCUUCUUAACAACCUCAAGGUGCAAGAGCGUCAAAACCGCGUGUGCACAACGGUCGCGAUUGCGAUCGUGGCCGAGACGUGCUCGCCGUUUACCGUCAUCCCUGCGCUCAUGAACGAGUACCGCGUGCCAGAGCUCAACGUUCAGAAUGGUGUCCUCAAGGCCUUCUCGUUCAUGUUCGAGUACAUUGGCGAAAUGGGCAAGGACUACAUUUACGCGGUCACUCCGCUGCUGCAAGACGCGCUCAUGGACCGCGACCUUGUGCACCGGCAGACGGCAGCGACCACUGUCAAGCAUCUGGCGCUCGGCGUCGCGGGCCUCGGUUGCGAAGACGCGGUGAUCCACUUGCUCAACUUUGUGUGGCCCAACAUCUUUGAAACGUCGCCUCACGUCAUUGGCGCCGUCUUUGACGCGAUCGAGGGCUGCCGUGUCGCGCUUGGUGCGCACGUCAUUCUGCAGUUUUGCCUCCAGGGGCUCUUCCACCCCGCGCGACGCGUGCGCGAGGUCUACUGGAAGAUCUACAACUCGCUCUACAUGUACGCGCAAGACGCGCUCACGCCUGCGUACCCGCUCAUCCCGAACGACGGCGACUACACGUUUGAGCGGUCGUACCUCGGUCUCACGCUCUAGUUGUCUUUGACAGCUCUUAUAUAAACCAAAACCUUCAUGAUACCCUC